AUGUAUAAUGUAUCGAAGACAUUAAUAUCUAUUUUGCAAUCAUUUCAAGUUAAAAGAAUGCUGACUACAGUCCCCCAACAUUAUGAUAGGAUAAUGUUAAAUAUUGAAUCUAAUGACUGUUUAGAGAAAAAUGAAGAUAUAAGAAAAUAUACACUUAAUACAUCUUUAUAUAAAAUUGAUGAAAAUACUUUCAAAUUAUAUUCACAAACUGACAUUGAAACAUUACAAUAUCCCUGGUUACCAAAAGCAAAAAUAAUUCUUAAAGAAAUAUUUAAAAAAGAUGAUUUUUUACCUUCACAAUUGGAUGCAAUUCAGGCCAUUAUGAAAAAAAAAGAUUGUUUAAUAAUCAAGUCAACAGGUGGUGGAAAAAGUUUAUGUUAUCAAUUACCAUCAUUAUUAAUAAAAGGUUUUUGUAUUGUAAUAACACCACUAAUCUCACUAGUAGAUGAUCAAAUAAUAAAAUUAAACAAAUUAGGAAUACCUUGUAUUGCAAUAAAUAAAAAUAUGAUUAUUGAAGAACGUAAAAAAUUACUUGAUGAUUUAAUGAAUGAUAAAAUUAAUUAUAAAUUAAUUUAUAUCACUCCUGAACAAUAUGCAUAUAGUAGGAAGAUAAAGAAAAUAUUAAGAACAAAUUGUGAUAAUGGAAAGUUAUCCUUCAUUGCUAUAGAUGAAAUUCAUUGCCUUAAAGAUUGGGGUGAAACAUUUAGAGGUUCAUAUAAUUCAUUAAAAAAUCUUAAAAAAAGAAUUAAAUGUCCAGUAAUUGGAUUAACAGCUACAGCCACCAAUGAAUAUAUUGAAUAUUUUCAAAAACAUUUGAUACUUAAAAAUCCUGUUAUUAUUAGGAGUACUAUUAUGAGGCAUAAUUUGACUUACCAAAGUAUUUUAAAAGAAAAAGACUCUCUUACACAAAUUUAUGAUAUUAUUAAAUCUAGUUUUUCUGAUCAAUCAGGUAUUAUAUAUUGUUUAUCAAGAAAAGAAUCAGAAAAAUUGGCUAGUUACUUAAUAAAAAAAGGUAUAAAAGCAUCUUUUUAUCAUGGGAGAAUGUGUAACAAUGAAAAAGACAACACAUUAAAAGAUUGGCUUGAAGGAAAAAUAAAAAUAAUUGUUGGUACAAAUGCCUUUGGAAUGGGUAUUGAUAAAGAAAAUGUUCGAUUUAUAAUUCAUCAUACAAUGCCUUUAAGAAUUUUUGAUUAUAUUCAGGAAACAGGAAGAGCUGGUAGAGAUGGUCUUCCAGCUACAUGUAUUGUACUUUUUGAUAUUUAUGAUAUUGUAAGAAGGAUAAAAUUAAAUAUUGAUAAACCUAAUGCAGAUAAGGAUAUUCUUGAAAUUAUUAAUUUUUUCUAUUCAAAAAAGUGUAAAAAAAAAAUAAUUGCUGAUAUUUUUGAUGAAACGUUUAAUGAAAAUAUAUGUAGAAAAAAUUGCAAAUAUUGUAAUAAAAGCAUUGAAGAAGAUUAUUGUUAUUCAGAAAAAUUAUUAAACUCUAUUUUUGAAGAUGCAAAAAUGAUAUUACAUACGUCAAAGCAAAAUAUUACGCAAAAAAAGUUAUCAGCAUCAUUACAGAAGCUUAGACCUCAUUGGAAUCAAAAAGAAAUGGAUAUGUUACUUACUAAUCUUAUUUUAAAAGGAAAAUUAAAAUUUAAUCCUCAGAAAAUUUCUGGAACAAAACAAACUUACAUACAAAGUUAUGAAUCAUAA